AUGAGUAGAACCAACACUCCAGCACUCUCAAGAGCUGGCUCUCGAUCCUCUCUCUGGAGGUCUUGGAGCCCCAUGCUCGAAGAUUUGGUCAACUAUGAGAAGUCGCGUGAGAAUUACCCUUGGCUGAUACGUGACCUUGACCACGACAUAAGCUAUGACUCGAACUGUUCAAGUCGUCCAAGGCCACUGGCGUCUCUUGCGGAAGACCCGGAUGUUGCGAGCCAGUCAGACCGAUGUGCAAAGUCAUCUGAAGAUUUAGAGCGCCAUCCAAUCCCACAACCCCUUCUUUUGCCUCAAGAUGAGGAUCCGAACCUGCCACCACAACAAUUGACAGAUGGUCAGGUAACCUGGGAUGGUCCCAAUGAUCCCUCUAAUCCACAAAACUGGACCAACCGCAAGAAAUGGCUCUGCACAAUUCUCGUCUCAUGUUUCACCUUCAUCUCCCCCGUUUCUUCAACCAUGUUAGCACCAGCCUUGGCAGAUCUGGCCAAAGAGUUUCAGAUCUCAUCUGACUUUGAGACAUAUCUUCUCAUGUCCAUCUUUCUUUUGGCUUAUGCCCUUGGCCCAUUCUUGCUCGCUCCCCUGUCAGAGAUGUUUGGAAGAGUUGUUGUUCUUCAGGCUGCUAACAUGUUCUAUCUGAUCUUCAACACUGUAUGUGGAUUCUCGAAAACUAAGGAACAGAUGCUUGUCUUUCGUUUCUUGAGCGGUCUUGGUGGGAGUGCACCCCAGGCGCUUGGUGGUGGUGUGCUGAGCGACUGCUGGAGAAAAGAGGAACGAGGAACUGCGACGGCUAUCUACAGUCUUGCCCCAUUCUUGGGACCUGCUGUCGGACCCAUAGCUGCUGGAUACCUCACCCAACAUCUCAGCUGGCGCUGGAUCUUCUGGGUAGUCUCCAUAACUGAUGCUGUGGUCCAGAUCCUUGCGUUCCUGUUCUUGCAAGAGACUUACCCGCCUAAGAUCCUUAAGGUCAAGGCCAAGAGGCUUCGUAGGGUAACUGGCAACGGACUUCUCCGUACCGAGUUUGAACAGAGAGAUCUGUCUUUUGUUUCUUUACUUUUGACCAACUUGAAAAGGCCAUUCAAGAUGCUGUUUACCCAGCCAGCCAUCCAGAUCACAGCCUUAUACAGGGCGUAUCUAUAUGGUCUAAUGUAUCUAGUUUUUUCUUCCUUCCCUAUGGUCUGGGAACAGCAAUAUAAGCAAGAGCCUGGCCGUGCCAGUUUAAACUAUGUCUCUCUUGGUAUUGGAUUUGUCAUUGGGCUUCAGGUGUCUGGCCCCCUGAUUGACAAGGUUUAUGCAAUGCUCAAGACUCGGUAUAACCACCCUGGGCGCCCUGAAUUUCGCGUACCCCUGAUGUUCCCAACCGCUCUUGUCACGCCAGCAGGUCUCAUUCUAUACGGGGUCUCGGCACAUCUGAAACUUCACUGGGUUAUCCCAAACGUCGGGACAGCAAUCUUUUCUGCGGGACUGAUUCUGUCGUUCCAAUGUGCCCAGACGUACAUCAUUGACUCCUAUGAGCGAUAUGCCGCCAGUGCGACGGGAGCAGCUGCUUUUGUCCGUACUAUGGCCGGCUUUAGCUUUCCUCUGUUUGCGCCUGCUAUGUAUCAAAGUCUUGGGAUCGCGUGGGGAAAUGGCCUACUCGCGAGUACAGCCAUCUUGAUCUGUCUUGCCUUGUAUGAUGCUCUUACACCUUCGGAGGUGACUGACAGUGAGGUUAUAAUACAAACCAGUCCUGCCACGCCAACAUAUCACAUCUCUAGUCGUAAUACUCAAGCCGGAAAUCCAUGGCAGCUGCGAAUCUGCCGACUUCUGCCCAGCGAAGUUCGUCGCCUGGGUGAGGCUACAGGAAACGACGCUUUCAUCAGAUACGAUGAUGAUCUGACACUCUACUCUGGCGAAAAGAUGAACAUCCCUUUCAGUUUCGCCGCUGGUCUCGGCCCCACGCCACUCAUUGUUAUCAGGGGCCAAAAGAGAGGUACCAUCCAGGGAAACAUCGCAAUGGAGAAAUCUGGCCGGGUAUGCAGGUUCUACCAUAUGAUUCCCAUCAAGCGCGCCUUGACCAAGAUCGAAGAGGACAGGGUUAAUGCAGGCCCUCAUGCAUAA